CGAGUUUCUUCUCCCGAAUCGUCAAUUGAUCUCUGAUUGACUUGAAACUUGCGCCUAUGCUUCACUUUAUGUGCUAGGACCUGAAAUGUGACAAAGGAACACAACCUAGCGUAAAAUAGGCCAAGGAACAAUCAAUUCGAGCCAAAAUGGGCAGGAAACCAGAGUGAAAACACGUGCAAAUACGAUGCUAUCAUCAAGCUUCUCACAUCCGAUAUCCUAUAUCCCACCAUGUCUCCCAUGCUCGAGCAUUACCGUCUUUUUGAGCCUUCAUAGUUGUUGUUGAUAGCUCUAGAGACCCUCACUAUUUUCACCAAGCUGUGUGUUAUGCACAUUGGAGAGCGGUCAUGGUUACAGAAGUCAAUGCUCUGAAGCAAAUAAGACAUGGAGUCUCGUUGAGCUUCCUCCUGGAGUCACUCCCAUUGAUUGUAAAUGGGUCUACCGCACAAAAUUUCUUCUCAAUGGUGUGAUUGAACGCUUCAAAGCUCGUGUUGUGGCCAAGGGGUACACACAGGUUGAAGGAGUUGAUUAUCAUGAUACUUUUGUGCAUGUUGUCAAGCUUGUCACUGUUCGUUGUCUCCUUGUCGUGGGCUCGUGGCUGGUUCAUUCAUCAACUGGAUGUCGAUAAUGUGUUUCUUCACAGCGAUCUAGAGGAAGUUGUUUACAUAAAUAUGUCUUCAGGGUUUGCCGCACCCGAUGACAAGCGGAUAUAUCGUCUUCACAAGUGUAUUUAUAGUCUCAAGCAAACCUCGUGAAAUUGGUAUCACAAAUUCACGUUGGCUCUCUGUGAGCUUGGUUUUUGAGCGUCUCCUGUCGAUCAUUCACUCUUCAUCUACAGUCAAGGUACCUCCUUUGUUUUGCAUUGAUUUAUGUUGAUGACAUCAUUCUUGCUGGCACAGAUAUGGACUUCAUUACAUGAGUCAACCAGUUCUUAGAUCGUCAUUUCAGUAUCAAAGAUCUCGACACCUUGCGUUACUUGCUUGGUUUGGAAGUGGCACGGUCUCCACGAGGCAUGAUCCUCAGUCAGCAAAAGUAUGUUUUUGAUAUUCUUGAAGAUGUUGGUGUGCUUGGCGCUCGUCCCAAUGCUUUUCCCAUUGAGCACAACCACCAGUUGACCUAGCUCUCAAGCGACUCUUGUUGAUGGUUCUCCCUUUUGUCGCCUUGUGGGUCGUCUCCUCUACCUCACCGUGUCUCGUCCGUCACCUACGGUGUUAAUAUCUUGAGUCGCUUCGUGCAUGAUCUCACAUAGGCUCAUAUGGAUGGUGUUGUUCGUCUGUUGCGGUAUCUAAAGUCGUCUCCCGGUCAAAGACUCUACUUCCCGGCUAAGAAUGAUCUUCAGCUUCGUGCUUAUUGUGAUGCAGACUGGGGUGGCUGUCAAACCACCAGUCAUUCUAACAGUUGUUUCUGCAUCUUCCUUGGCGCCCCACCAGUCUCCUGGCGCACCAAGCAACACAAAGGUCGUUGCCCGUUCCUCUGUAGAGGCUGAGUAUAAGGCCAUGGCUUUCACUAUCAGUGAAGUCUUAUGCCUUAGAUGACUUCUUGCCGAGCUAGGCGCACCUCAAGCUGCUACUACUACUCUUCACUGUAACAAUCAAGUUGCUAUUUAUAUUGCUGCUAAUCCGGUCUUUCACGAACGGACUAAGCAUGUCGAGAUGGAUUGUCACUUUGUUCGUGAACGUGUUGUCUCCGAAGCUAUCUUGCUAGUCAAGGUCACUUCCCAUCUCCAGGUGGCUAAUCUUUUCACCAAAAAGUUGGGUGCUGAUCGUUUUUUAUUUUUGCUUUCCAAGCUGAACGUGCGUGACCUCCACCGUCCAACUUGUGGGGGCGUAUUGGGCUAGGAGAGUGAGUCGAGCCCAACUGAUGAGCCCAUCUCCGAGUCGUGUCCUGUAGCCAGCAUGACUACGUCGAUUUGUACGUCUAUUUGCCCUAGUGCAAUAAGGACUUGGAGUAGGGUUACAUAUGAUAAUAUAUAGACUUGUAAGGUCACUCACUGGCAGUGUAACACAAGUUCAUCAUCAGUCAAUAACAUAACCUGGAGAGCUAUUGCUUUCCCGUGGAUUAGUCCGGAACAAAUCGUUCAGAGAUACCACAUAAAAUCGUGUGUCGUUUUUAUUUUCGUCAUUAUAUUUUUUAUAUAUCGUGUAGAAUUUAUCAAUACUACUCAAAACACAAUUAAACUGUUCAUAAAAUGACAAUGUUAACUCUAGAGAUAGAGAUAACAAUUUUUUGAGGUUGUAAUAGGACUUCAUUAAUUCUCGUUAUUUUGUAUAAUCUACUUAACUUUGAUUUCAUCUCAAGCAAAAACUUCUUUUUAUUUCUUCAGCGCAUAAAUUUAAUUUGCGAAAAUGUUACGUUUCGAAUUUAGACAUUUCCUUUGUGUUAUUUUCGUCUAUGGUCAGCCGUUUCACGUUUCUUCAUCAGGAUUCGCGUUUCAUAUUUGAUUUUCCGUAGACGUUCUUGCUUCCAGAUUCUGCAUUGCAUAAUUCCUUUCGCCUUCUCUCUCUUCCCUCCAGCAAACACAACGUUCCUUCUUCCGUUAAGUUCCCUUCUUUCUUCUUCUCCUCCUGCAACCCAUCCGGCCAUCCUAUCCCAUCCCAUCCCUUCCCUUCAGCGUAGUCAUAGCAUAACUCCUCCAGAAUCUCCGAUCCAAACUCCCAACAUCCGUGCGGCCGUGCCCAUAGACGAACUGAACAGCGCUAGCGACCGCCUCCGCAACCGUGGCCUUUCGUUUCGUUUCCCCUUUUGCCGUUGAUAAGGUAAUCGCAGCUAUCAUACAUCCGCUUCCUUCCUUAGAUUAUGUGCAACUUAAUUUCACUGCUCUGCUACUCUUUAAAUCCCUUAUCAACUAGAUCUAACCGAUUCCUCCAACAGUCCAACCUAAAUUAGACUUUCCUAAGCUAGAUCCAAGUUCGAUCACCUUCUGCUCUCCUCUCACCCACUGUAUAUGCUUUCUUAAUUAGUUUGCUUUCUUCUUCCUCACUGCUCAACUGUCACUGUGAUGGGUUAUGAUCAGAAAAGCAGGGAGAGAGCAGAACUAUUUCAAACCCCUGCUUGAAGCAGACAAAGUAAGGAGAGAAGAGGAAAUGGUGGCCGUAUCGAAGAUUGAUUUGGGGGCUUGGUUCAGCAAGAGGGUGGUCGAUCCUCUCCACCAAAUCCUGCGCAGGUACUCUGUCCUUUUGCUUUCGAUCUUCGUUUUGAAUAAUUACAUUAUGAUUAUAAAAUAAUGAUUUUCACCUUUGUAAACUCAUUUGUUUUCUAUUACCAUAGGGUAGAGACUGAGAUUACCUGCAUCUCUCAUUUGCCCGGUUCGAUAGAUGAAAUGAUAAUAUUGCUAUUAGUCAUGUUUGGAGUCGGUGGUAAAAAUAUUGAAUGCUGUAUAAUUGCAGCUCUUCCGCUGACCUGAUUUCUUGGAGUUUACGGUUUCCCGCUAAUUGAAUGCCGUUGGCUUCUUAUGUAGAAUUCCAUUUGUUAAAGUGGAUUUCGUUGGUUGUUUGUGGAGAAACUUUAUUGAUUCAUUCAGUUUUCGAUUUUGAUUCUGUUCUUGAUGUCUGUGUUUCUCUUAUCCGCAGAGGGAUGGAACCAAAGCAAUUAGCAUUUUCUGCAGCUCUUGGCUUUACCCUAGGAGUCUUUCCCAUUUGUGGUAUGUAUCACUUUCCAUGCAGCAGGUCUUUUGUAUUGCUUCCCUGAUUGAAAAUUGGUCCAUGACCUCAGAUCUAGCAAAAUUAUGAGGUUCCCAUCUUCGUUAUUCUCAUUGCGGCCUGACUAAUUGCUCCUGGCUGUUAUCUCCUUGCUUUUCCCCCCCCGGUAAUUGUUGUUGUCUCUUUAUUAAGCUCAAGCUUGAUGAAACCAAGCAUCCUCGAAAAAUACAUCUGCUAUAUGCAGCAAUGUACAUAAAAAAAGAUCAUCUGCUAAUUCUAUCACUUGCAAAUUCUAUAGCUACUGCUAGCUGCUAACUUUGCUAAUUGCUAACUACAUUGAAUCAACUACUGCCAUUAUUCCAGACCUGAAAGUAAACAGGGUUACCGACCAAUUCCUGAUGAAAUUCAGUAUUGCCUAUACAAUAAUAUCUAACUUCUUCCUUGAGCUGAAGCAACAACUCCUCCUUACUUUUCCUGGUAGCUGUGAAAGCUCAAGUACAUCUCUACUUUUCAGGCUCAGUAUGACAAAGUAAACAUAGAUCAGAUUC